UGAUAAUGUGGCCUGGACGACCGUGAAGCUGGAGUCUCGCUCCUCUACCGUUUUCUCGCAUUGGUCCGUAGCCACAAGGGAAGGUUGGUGGGAUAAGGGGGUAAAUCUUGAUCUACAUCCGUCGGUGAGGAUGCAGCCAAGAGCCUGAUGAUCUCGGAUCUCGAUGAAAAGAGGCCUUCCUUCCGGGGUGAACAGCCGCAGCGUCAUCAGGUAAUGACCAUCGGGAGUACUCCGUAAACUCGUUGUGUCAGGCAUAGCGAACCCUAGGAUGUCCUUUACUGUUUCCGAGUGUUGUCCCGCCAAAUCUCAUUCUCAAAAUGGGAGGGAUGGGGGCCAGUGCCUCACUCACAGCUCGAAGACGGACCCGAUGACAUCGGGGGCUGAGACCGUUGCCCUACGGUCGAUGAGGGACUUUGAUGUGAUCCAUACUGAACAGAAUCUGACUGUGCUUCCGUAUGGGUCAACUCAAGUUGGCCGACUGGUUCCGUCAAGCUCCCCAUUUGCUGUUCAGGGGAUACCCUCAUGGUGUGUUCCCGUUGCCCCGCUUCACGGAACCUCGGAUGUCUUUUGCUCGACGACAGACGCAUCGUGUCGUUCUUUUCUGUUUCCUAGUCCAGGGGUCCGGUGUGUCUGUUCACUCUCCCUCUCGGGCACCGCGAAAUCGACCGUUGUCUGGUGCUUCAACGUUUGCUUUCAAAGUUCGGAAGCAGACCAUGUGAAUUGUUCUUCUGAUCCCCGUGCGUGUGUUUGUGGCAGCUUGUCUAAGCGAGGUUCGAGUUGCUUCUCGAGUACUCUGUACCGUUAGGAGUCUAAGGUACCUUACCUGCCUCAGUCAGUCUUGCCUGCUGUGGGAGGUGUUGUGGGUUGCCCCUUGCCCUAAGACAAUGUAGGCAACAACAGGUUGAGACAGAUAACCUUCCCUGAAGUAAGAUGCACCUACCGUAUCUUUCCUGAAGGUACG